UUCUUUACACUCCCUUGCUGCCUGCCCGCCUGGGAAAGUGGGUUACAGAGGGAAGGAGCUCAACUCAGACACUGGCAAAGGAGCAUCCAGCCCCAGAUAGACCGGCGAACAGCUCCCUUUUGCAGUCUUCUCUUCUUUUCUAGAGGGUUUUAUAUUUGUACUCUCUCUUUCUCUUUUUUAAAAAUUUGUUCUUUUGACUUUUACCCCCAGCCACCCUUGCUGGGGUUUUAUGAGUGCUUUGUUAAGUCUUAGAAGGAAAAGAGGCUGAGCGAGGGAGAGGAAAAGAGGGAGGCAAAGUGGAAAGGACCACAAACUGCCCGAGCCGGUCUGUCUUUGCUGUUGAUGAAAGCCCUCUGUUUGUAAGCCCCCCUCGGCAGCGAGCACACGCACACCUUUCCAGAGUACACCAACCCGCACCGCGGCGUGGCCACCAUGGUGGGCAGAGUUCAGCCAGAUCGGAAACAGUUGCCGCUGGUCCUACUGAGAUUGCUCUGCCUUCUCCCCACAGGACUGCCUGUUCGCAGCGUGGAUUUUAAUCGAGGCACGGACAACAUCACGGUGAGGCAGGGGGACACGGCCAUCCUAAGGUGCGUUGUAGAAGAUAAGAACUCAAAGGUGGCCUGGUUGAACCGUUCUGGAAUCAUUUUUGCUGGGGAUGACAAGUGGUCUCUGGACCCCCGGGUUGAGCUGGAGAAACGCCAUUCUCUGGAAUACAGCCUUCGAAUCCAGAAGGUGGAUGUCUAUGAUGAGGGUUCAUAUACUUGCUCCGUUCAGACACAGCAUGAGCCCAAGACCUCCCAAGUUUACUUGAUCGUGCAAGUGCCACCAAAGAUCUCCAACAUUUCCUCGGAUGUCACUGUGAAUGAGGGCAGCAACGUGACCCUGGUCUGCAUGGCCAAUGGCCGUCCUGAACCUGUUAUCACUUGGAGACACCUCACACCAACUGGAAGAGAAUUUGAAGGUGAAGAAGAAUAUCUGGAGAUCCUUGGCAUCACCAGGGAGCAGUCAGGCAAAUACGAGUGCAAAGCUGCCAAUGAGGUCUCCUCUGCAGAUGUCAAACAAGUCAAGGUCACUGUGAACUAUCCUCCCACUAUCACGGAAUCCAAGAGUAAUGAAGCCACCACAGGGCGACAAGCUUCACUCAAAUGUGAGGCCUCGGCAGUGCCUGCGCCUGACUUUGAGUGGUACCGGGAUGACACCAGGAUAAACAGUGCCAAUGGCCUUGAGAUUAAGAGCACCGAGGGCCAGUCCUCCCUGACGGUGACCAAUGUCACUGAGGAGCACUAUGGCAACUAUACCUGCGUGGCUGCCAACAAGCUGGGGGUCACCAAUGCCAGCCUAGUCCUUUUCAAGCGUGUUUUACCCACAAUCCCCCACCCCAUUCAAGGACCUGGGUCGGUGAGAGGAAUAAACGGAUCCAUCAGUCUGGCCGUACCACUGUGGCUGCUGGCAGCAUCUCUGCUCUGCCUUCUCAGCAAAUGUUAAUAGAAUAAAAAUUUUAAAAUAAUUUUAAAAAACACAAAAAAUGCGUCACACAGGAUACAGAGAGAGAGAGAGACAGAGAGAGAGAGAGAGAUGGGGGGAGACUGUUUAUUUUACAACUUUGUGUGUUUAUAAAUAAAGGGGGAAAUAAGAAAAGGAAGAAGAAAAUACAUUUAAAAACAACUUCAAAGUCCAUCAAUAAAUAUUUGAGUGUAAUGCAGGGUGGGAAAGUCCUGCCAGGAUAUGUGUAUAUCUAAGCAAAUGUAUGCUCUGUGAAGAGAACGCCACACUGACCACAUCCAGAUGUUGUAAAAAUAAGACAAGUGAAGAGGUACCCGAUGGACAUUAACCCCCCAUUCACACUCCAUCCUUCCUCCAUCUUUUUCAUGCCAGAGGGGAAAAAAAAAAAAGGUCUUACUUUUGGUGUGUAUACUUCCCACAUCUUUUCAUUGUUUUUCAUUUGAGCUGACUCGUAACCAUUUCAGACUAUCGGUGAAAUCCAAGCAGGCUUUUCUGCCUACACUCUCCCCAACUCUAAGGUCAUCUCCCCCCUGCAGUGUGUUCUCUCUCUCCACACCCAUCCCAGACACCCCCCUUCCAACCCCGCCUGCCCACUCGCCCCCCUGAGCACUAGUCAUGCCGCAAACGCUAGGAAGUGCCGUUUUAAUUUCUCCGCUGCGCGUGCGUGCUCACGUCUUUCGCUCUCAUGUGGGUGUACAUGUGUGUGAGCGUGUGUGUCCCUCUAAAGCAUGCCAAGGGAAUGGUCCAUGUGUACAUAGACUUCGUGCUGUAGAUACUGUCCCGCAUUGUAACUGUGAGGCGCAGCUGUGACGAGCCGCUGGGGGGCGCGGUGCAGAGGCCAGGAGCAGAGGCCCGGCCCCCAGUCCACGGCUGUCCCGCGACCUGAGUGCGUGUUCAGCCCGAGCUGCGCCCCCUCGAAGGGCGGAACCUCAUACUCCUCCUAGUCCAAUCAUCAGAACCCAGUCGAGAGUCACUCAGAAUAUCACUGUAAAUGAAAGUGCCUACUAUUGAUGGGGUGAGCAAACAGUAGAGGAAUCAGUGACGUGGAUGAGGCGACUUAGGAGAGAAGGUUUCUGGUCUCACGCUUGUGCCCUGAGUCUGAGGGAUUCGUAGAUUUGCUGGCUCGCUGCAGGCUGGGUCCCGUUCUGCUGCAGGGAGAGUAGCAUGUGCGGAGUUCAUCCCCAGACGCAGGAAGGUCUCCGAGUGUCAACUCCCACUGAAAGGAUAAGGAGCCACCUGGAGACACAAGCAGCCCCGUUUUGCCCCCUCCCUCAUCUUCAAGUAACACUGCAUUUGCCCCAUGGAUACCCCUGAGCAGAGAUAAUUUCCUAUUUCAGAGAAAAACACAAUGAGAGUGAGCAGAGCAGAAGUGGAUAGAUGCUCGGAUCCUUACUCGUGUUGUGGAGAUAGUGGACGGAGCUCUAAUAUAAAGCACGGACCAUGACAACAAGGAAUGCACUCCUGCGCUCCUCUGCAGAUUUUUGCCCUGGUGUUCUAGGCUGAUACGUUAUCUGGUUGUCCACGUUAUCUCCGGUCUGUUCCACUGAUAGUGUUUGCAGCACCAUUGUCCAUAGUCCCCCAUCAUUAUUCUAGGCCAGGCCACUAGGAAUGGAGUUAUAUUCCAAUUUCCCUGAUAACUUUUGGCUUCUAGUCUCCUGAAAAAAGAUACGGUGUGGGGUAUGCUGUUUAAGGCUACAUCAAAAAGUAUCAUUUUGCCAUUACCACUGAAAUGUGAGUUAGUGAGUCUUAACCAAAAGAGCUGGGAAACAUGUAAUAAUUUAUGCAGAAGUUGUAUGCCUACCACAAAGCUGGGCAUCAUCACGAGAACAGAAGGAUUUUCUCAGGAAAGACCUUGCAAAGAGAGCUGGCUCUGUGUGCAUAGGUAGCUUUGUCAUGAAACCAGCACUGUAGGAGACAUUGGAAGUGACUCAGUUUAUCAAAAGACAGACAAUAAUUAUCAAGGUCAUAAUUGGACAUGUUUUAGCAAAGCCAAAUAUAGUACCUCACCAAGUUUUGAAACCUAAGAAAUAGCUGUCAUGUGCUAUAAAACAGGAAAUUUCAUAACUGCAAAUAAGAAGGAGAGGAAGAAAGGAAGAAGGGAGGGAGGGCAGCAGAAGGAAAAAAGGAAAAUUUCUCUCGACAGAUAUUGAUUCAAGGCUCUUUGCAAUGAAUAUGACCAUAAUAAUCUCCUGGAUAGCAGUAUUUAAUCUCUUGUAAGAGAUUCUAUUGUUUUUUUAGAAGUUUAUCACCAGUUUUCUUUUAUGAUUUUAUAAUUUAGACAUAAAAUGGAAGAACAAAUUGAGCAUGAGCAUCAUUAAGAGCAUAUUACAGGAUUAUGGCAAAUCCUGCAAUAGAUAGGAAAUUACUAAAAACACAGGGAAGGUUGGCCACAUUCCUUUGCAGUGUCAACUUACAACCAGAGAUUUCUCUAAUAAUUUGGUCUUCUUAGUGCAGGAUUAAAAGUUUAUCAUCCUUGAUGAUAAAUGUUCCCCAGAUAUAUGAAGAGCUGGCCACAUCCUUAAGUAGAAGCUUUAGAAGAAUACAUGCUAAUUUAAAGAUCUACCAGGAAAGUAACAGGAGUUAAUUCAGUUCAGUAUCGGUUUCAGAAACAGAUCUCGGUGGCAGGUCACAGAUUUUAAUCCUAAGCCUAGAUUUCUUACUGUCCCCACCCUAUCAUAAGGACAAGGUCUUGAUUUUAUGGAAGGAAAUUCUCCACUGAAAGGAAUGUCUUUGCCUUGUUGGCACUGUUUGUUCCCUGAGUUUUAAUAUAAUGGACCAUAUAUUAAACAUAAUCAAACGUUUAUUGAAUAGUGUGGUUUUUGCAUAUAUCUCUGGCAGGCUCUGGGAAUUUUAAAGUCAUCCUGACUCCUGUUUCAGAGCAAACAUCAACCCCAGUAAUCGUACAGGUUUGAGAAUGUCUCUAAGCAAUGUGAAGAAUGGAAAAAGGUCAGGAAAAAGGUAGAAGCCGCAGGACUGUCACCAAGAAAUUGAGUCUGAACAUGGGACUUCUUGGAAUUUAGUUCAUUAGUUCAUCAUAUUGCUAUAAAUUCUCUCAAGAAUCUUGUCCACUGGUAAUCCAAGCUUAAACUCUGAACUGGAAAGAACCCAGAGGUUAGAAGCAAAUCAUUAAGAAGACUGAGUGAAGUGCAUCAGUUAAUCUGAAUAACUAAUAUGUUUAAUGUUAUUUGCAUGCAAAAGAAACAUCAUCAUAAAACAUAAUCCUGAGACUCAAUUUCCAGUUAAAAAAAAAGAAAUAACCUUGACCCAGGGCACUUUCUGAACUAUGAGAACUAAUCUUAGGUUUUACAACUGCAAAAUUAUAUAUUCUGGAUAAUUGUUCAUCAGAAGCUAUUUGUCUUACUUCUUUUGAGACAUAAUAUCCUUCAGCCCUAAAGGAAAUGAGGCUUACGGGAAAGCCAUUGAGUUUUUUCUUGGAAAGAAUUGUCCCAUUGACCUUUGCCUUUUCUCCCAAGUUCAGACAGACUUCUCCCUUGUUAUGGGCAUUUUUUAACUACUCAUUUAGACAGCUGGGGUUAUUCAUAGAGACCUUGUAAAAGUACUCGUGAUUUUCAUGUUCUUGGAGGACAGAAACAAAAGUCUGUUUCUCCUCCAAAAAUGGACUUACCUCCUUUGCACACAAAAACUAGACUCCUCAGCGUGAAAGUGUAUCUGAGUUAUCACCUACCAAGUUGUUAGCUUCUCAACUGCUCCAAAGUCACAGUUUCCGUCCCCUGGUUCAUUGUGGUUUGACUGUUUCUAUUGGCUCGUCUCCCAGAAUUUCUCAUUUUGGUUUUCAUAGGCCUUGAAUUAUUUGUGGAAAAAUAAUAUAUGUGUGUAUGUAUUAUUUUUUAUCUUUACAGAUGCUAUAUUUACAAUAUUAUGUGUAUUAGAAGACAAAUCUAGAAUAACUGUUGAAACCUAAA